GAGUACAAAGUAGCGGGAGCGCGCUAUCGGGGGAAAACUAUUUUCGGGUGAGAAGGAGCUCGAACUUGGGACGUCCACGUACGCGGGCCCGGUGCUGAGAGAGCGCGGCUCGGAGGGAGCGCGGAGCCGCAUGUCGACGGAGGAGCGGAUCUGCCAGGAGAAGUUCGGGGGGAACAUGGAGUUGUGGAUUUAAACGGCGGUAGGACCGGGAAUGGACGCCGUGCUGCUGUGGAGCUGCCUGCUGUCGGCGGUCUGCGGGUCCCCCCUCCUCCUCUUUGCCAACCGGCGUGAUGUGCGGUUGGUUGAUGCUGACGGUUUGCGGGGCGAGUCGGCCAUCGUCGUCGGCGAUCUGGAAGACGCGACGGCGCUGGACUUCCUGUACGCGGAGGGCCUGAUAUUCUGGACGGAUGUCAGCGAGGAGGCCAUAAAACAAACGCACUGGAACCAGUCGUCCAACUCCCUGAGGGAGGCGCUGGGGACCGGCCAGACUGUGGUGGUUUCAGGCUUGGACAGUCCUGAUGGGCUGGCCUGUGACUGGCUGGGUAAAAAACUCUACUGGACAGACUCAGAGACCAAUCGGAUCGAAGUGGCCAACCUGGACGGCACCUCCAGGAAGGUCCUGUUUUGGAUGGACUUGGACCAGCCCAGGGCUAUCGCUCUUAACCCCGCCCAACGGUACAUGUACUGGACAGACUGGGGGGAGGAGCCCAGGAUAGAGCGCGCUGGCAUGGACGGCAGUAGCAGGAAAGUGAUCGUGAACGUGGACAUACACUGGCCCAACGGUCUCACCAUCGAUCUGGUGGAACAGAAGCUGUACUGGGCCGAUGCCAAACUCAGCUUCAUCCACCGGGCCAACCUGGACGGGUCAUCACGAGAGGCCGUGGUGGAGGGCACCCUGACCCAUCCUUUCGCUCUGACGUUGUCCAAGGAGACGCUGUACUGGACGGACUGGCAGACCCGCUCCAUCCACGCCUGCAACAAACACAGUGGAGACAAAACCAGGGAGAUCCUCAGUGGCAUCUUCUCUCCCAUGGACAUCCAGGUCCUGGAGGAGUACCGGCAGCCCGACAUCCAGACGCCGUGCACCAACGACAACGGCGGCUGCAGUCAUCUGUGCCUGCUGUCUCCCGUCCAGCCGUUCUACAGCUGUGCCUGUCCCACUGGAGUCCAGCUCAAACCGGAUGGCAGGACGUGCAAGCCAGGGGCGGAGCAAGUUCUGCUGCUGGCUCGACGGACCGAUCUGAGGAGAAUCUCCCUGGACCUGCCGGACUUCACCGACAUCGUCCUCCAGGUCGAUGACAUCCGCCACGCCAUAGCGAUAGACUACGACCCCAUCGAAGGCUACGUCUACUGGACGGACGACGAGGUUCGUGCCAUCCGGCGAUCCCGCAUCGACGGCAGCAACGCCACAGUGCUGGUCACCACGGAGAUCAACCACCCAGACGGCAUCGCUGUGGACUGGGUGGCCAGAAACCUGUACUGGACGGACACCGGCACUGACCGGAUCGAGGUCACCAGGCUGAAUGGAACUUCUCGGAAAAUCCUGAUUUCGGAGAACCUGGAUGAACCCAGAGCCAUCGUUGUAGAUCCUGUAAACGGGUUCAUGUACUGGACCGACUGGGGUGAGCGUCCCAAAAUCGAGCGAGCCAACUUGGACGGAACGGACCGGCUGGUUCUGCUCAACACCUCUCUGGGCUGGCCCAAUGGACUGGCUCUGGACUACACUGCGGGAAAACUGUACUGGGGAGAUGCUAAAACGGACAAGAUAGAGGUGAUCAACGUGGACGGUAGCGACAGGAGGACUUUGCUGGAGGACAAGCUGCCUCACAUCUUCGGUUUUACUCUGCUGGGCGACUACAUCUACUGGACGGACUGGCAGAGACGCAGCAUCGAGAGGGUCCACAAGACCACGGCGGUACGAGAGAUCAUCAUCGACCAGCUGCCGGACCUGAUGGGGCUGAAGGCCACCAAGGUGACGGAGACGCAUGGUACCAACGGCUGCGCGGGGAGCAACGGCGGAUGCAGCCACCUGUGUUUUUGGCGUCAGCAUGCGGUCAGCUGCUCCUGUCCGAUGGGGAUGGAGCUCCUGUCGGACCUGCAGACGUGCGUGGUCCCCGAGGCGUUCCUGCUCUUCAACAACAGGGACAGCAUCCGGAGCAUUUCUCUGGGAACCAACAGCAACGAUGUGGCUAUCCCUCUGACAGGAGUCAAAGAAGCCUCCUCUCUUGACUUUGACGUGUCGGAGAGAAGGAUCUACUGGACCGACAUCCAGGCCAAGACCAUCAGCAGAGCGUACAUGAACGGCAGCUCCGUGGAACACGUCAUCGAGUUUGGCCUGGACUACCCAGAGAGCAUUGCGGUGGACUGGAUGGGUCACAACAUCUACUGGGCAGAUACGGGUCCUAAACGGAUCGAGGUGGCCCGGCUGGACGGCCAGCACCGCCAGGUUCUGGUCUGUAAGGAUCUGGACAACCCACGAUCACUCGCGCUGGACCCAGCUAACGGCUACAUGUACUGGACAGAAUGGGGGGGUCGUCCACGCAUAGCCAGAGCCUACAUGGACGGCAGCACCAUCACAACCAUCGUGGAUAAGGUGGGCCGCACCAACGGGCUGACCAUCGACUACGCAGACCAGCGACUCUACUGGACAGAUAUGGACACCUGUAUGAUUGAAAGCACCAACAUGCAAGGCCUCCAGAGGGAGAUCAUCGUGGACGACCUUCCUCACCCCUUCGGCCUGACUCAGUACAGAGACUUCAUCUACUGGACGGAUUUUAACCUUCGCAGCAUUGAACGGGCCGACAAACGGAGCGGACUGAACCGGACGGUGGUGCUGCAGGGUCAGCUGGAGCUGAUGCUGGACAUCCUGGUGUUCCACUCGUCCCGCCAGGACGGCACCAACGGCUGUUCCCACAACAACGGGAACUGCGCCCACCUCUGCCUGGCGUCUCCUGCCGGCGCCCAGUGCCGCUGCGCCUCCCACUACACCCUCAACCCGGACGGACGCAACUGCAGCUCUCCGUCCAGCUUCCUGCUCUUCAGCCAGAAGGCCAGCAUCAGCAGGAUGGUUCUGGGAGAGCAGAGUCCUGACGUCAUCCUGCCCAUCCACGUCCUCAGGAACGUCCGAGCCCUCAGCUACGACCCCCUGGACCGACUCAUCUACUGGCUGGAUGGACGCCAGAACAUACGCAGGGCCAGAGACGAUGGAACCACGACUUCCAUGAUCAUGAGCAGCUCUGCUCAGCUAGUGGACAAUCAGCUCCACGACCUGAGCCUGGACUCCUACAGUCGCCACAUCUACUGGACCUGCGAGACCACCAACACCAUCAACAUCCAGAGGAUGGACGGCUCCCUCGUCGGGGUGGUUUUGAAGGACGACACGGACAAGCCGAGGGCCAUCGUCGUCAACGCUGAGAGAGGGUACAUGUACUUCACCACGGUUCAGGAGCGCUCGGCCAAGAUCGAAGGAUGCAGUCUGGACGGGACGGAGAGGGAGUCUCUGUUCGCCACCGGCCUGAUCCGGCCCGUGGCCCUGACUCUGGACAACAAACUGGGAAAACUGUUCUGGGUCGAUGCCGACCUCAAACGCAUCGAGAGCAGCGACCUGACAGGGGCCAAUCGCAUCGUCCUGCAGGACUCCAACAUCCUCCAGCCAAUGGGCUUGGCCAUUCUAGGGGACCACCUCUACUGGAUUGACCGACAGCAGCAGAUGAUUGAGAGAGUGGACAAACUGACCGGAGACGGUCGCAGUCGCGUCCAGGGACGGAUCUCCUACCUGACGGCGAUCCAUGCGGUGGAGGAGAUGGACCCGGAGGAGUUUGCAUCCCACCCCUGUUCCCGUGACAACGGAGGCUGCUCUCACAUCUGUAUCGCUAAGGGCGACGGAACACCUCGCUGCUCCUGUCCCAUGCACCUGGUGCUGCUGCAGGAUCUGCUGCACUGUGGAGAGCCUCCCACCUGCUCCACAGAGCAGUUCACCUGUUCCACGGGGGAGAUCGACUGCAUCCCCAUGGCCUGGCGCUGCGACGGCUUCCCUGAAUGUGACGACGGCAGCGAUGAAGAAAACUGCCCCGUCUGCUCUGCCUUCCAGUUUCAGUGUGAUGAAGGCACCUGCAUCGAUGCUGAGAGACGCUGCGACGGGGAACUAAACUGCGCUGACAAGUCUGAUGAGCACGACUGCGAAACCAUCUGCCCCCCCGGCCAGUUCCGCUGCGCUGAUAACCGCUGCAUCAUGAAGAAGCAGCAGUGUGACAGCUACUCCGACUGUCCCGACGGGUCCGAUGAGCUCGCUUGUGAGCACAUUUCCCCGAGCUUCAUCCCCAACCCGGACCCCAAACCCAUCGUGCCGGUCAUCGCCAUCAUCCUGCUGGUGUUUGUGAUCGGGGGGGCGUACUUCGUGUGCCAGCGGGUGGUGUGCCGCUGCUACCAGGGCCCCAACGGCGCCUUUCCCCACGAGUACAUCAGCGGGACCCCCCACGUCCCCCUCAACUUCAUCGCCCCCAACGGCUCUCAGCACGGCACCUUCCAAGGAAUCUCCUGUGGGAAGUCCAUCAUGAGCUCGGUCAGUCUGAUGGGCAGCAGCAGCAGCGGGGCGCCGCUCUACGACCGGAACCAUGUGACCGGGGCGUCGUCCAGCAGCUCCUCCUCCACCAAGGGAGCCUUCUACCCUCAGAUCCUGAACCCUCCUCCUUCUCCGGCCACCGACCGCUCUCUCUACAACACGGAGGUCUUCUACUCGUCCAACAGUCCGUCCACCACCAGAUCCUACAGGCACUACCACCCGAUCCGCGGCGCCGCCCCCCCGACCACGCCCUGCAGCACUGACGUCUGCGACAGCGACUACACCCCCCACCACCCCGCGGCCGGGCUGUCGUCGUCGGUCGGCCGGUGGAAGCCAUCGGGCCACGGUAACCACGGCAACCAUGGCAAGCACAACAAGUACUACAUGGACCUGAACUCAGACUCUGACCCGUACCCUCCGCCCCCCACGCCCCGCUCCCAGUACCUGUCGGCGGAGGAGAGCUGCCCCCCGUCCCCCUCCACAGAGCGGUCCUACUUCCACCUGUGUCCCCCUCCGCCCUCCCCCUGCACCGACUCCUCAUGACCCCCCACAGCCCAGGGCCCGGAGAUGAAGAGCGGUCCCUGUCCGGUUCACUUCACCGGGAAAAGAACUUCCAGUCGCGGCUGGUUUAUGAUCCGGUUUAUGAGCUGGAGUGCCACCCCCCCACCCCCACCCGUCCCACAACGGUCAUUCCAUCAUGUUAGUCAUGCCUGAAGGCAGAAUCACUGUCACCUGAGGAUGAUGAAGACAUGAACAUCCUCCUAUCAACUCGGGUCUCUGACUUCUGACUGUCCCAGCAGGACCUGAACGCCUCAUGCUGCUGCCUUAAAGUGACACUAAGGAGUUUUAAAAUGCCAGUUUCACUUGUGUCUGAUGACCCACGCCCUUCUGUCGGAAAAUAACUUAAAGUAACUGGACUCACGUGCUGCUUGACUUUCAGGCGGGCUGCACGUCGCUUUGCAGCCCGCCAACAAAAUUACAUGUGGAUAUUUGUGUAUUUUUUUAAUGUUGCUUUAAAUGACCUGUGGACCUCUGUGGUUUUCCUCCAGCUCCCUCUGGCACUGUCGUGUCUCGGUUUCUGGGGGCCCUAAGCUCGGUUCUUGCUGGAGGACCCAGACUCUGUAAAAUUCCAGUUGAUGCAGGAGGUCAAACCCUCUGAGAUGAACCGUGGUGACGCGUGAAUGUGAUGGAAGAAGGAAACAGAUUUGCAGAUGAAAAGUUCAGAUUCACGUUGAUCCAGAAAAUAAGCUAGCUAAGCUGACUGUAGCUGAGGCCCGUGGCGCCAGCGUGAGCGCGGCGCUGAGCUCGGGUUCCCUGAGCCGCGGGGAAGCGGAGUGCAGAAGUGGCCUGAUACACUUGCAGGUUGGAGAGUUUCUGGCUUGAAAAACUCAAUUUCCACCUCAUAAACUCUUAAAUUUGCUUCUGAAAAUUCAGAAUUUCUGAUUUAUUAAACUCACAAAUUUGUGUGAGAAGAAACGCACUUGAAGUGCACAAAGUAGAAUUUUAGAUUAAAUCAAUUCUGGGCGGCGGCGUGGAAGCGACGGGCCCCCCCGCCGCCAACGCUGCCUCCAUUUCUGCUUGAAAGUGGGAGUUUCUGGGCUCAUUGCAGGAGCAGACCUGCGCCCAGAGGUCAGAGGUUAGUUGUGUUUCAGCUGUUUCUCUGCAGCCGGGUGGCGUCGCAGCUCUCCGACCACACGUGCACGUAGCGAGCGAGCAUGGACCUGUGAAGCUGUUGCACGUGCGCAAGAUGAAAGCCCUUUCCGUACCGGUGGUUUUACCGAGCGGCGUGCAGAAGCUCACCUGCUCCCAGCGCCAUGACUCUUCUGGACUCACAUGAAGUCUCCACUUUUCUGCGUAGAUGUUUGUGUUUCAGGCCUGAGGGUCUCUGUGUCUGCGUCAUGACGUCCUGAUGUGUCUCUCAUGUAAAUGGAUGAAAAAUGGCGUCCCGUUGGAGGCCGCAGGCAGAAGGGCAAAAGCUUGCUUGAUCUUGAUUUUCAGUAUGAAUACCGUGUCCCGUCCUGGUCCUGCUCAGGUUCAUGUCUGAGGAAUGAGUGAGUGAGUGGAUGGAUGGAUGGAUGGAUGGAUGGAUGGAUGGAUGGAUGGAUGGAUGGAUGGAUGGAUGGAUGGAUGAGUGGGUGGAUAAUUGGGGGGAUGGGUGUAUGAGCUGUACGGGUCACGUGUCGGGCUCCUGCGGUCCGCGUUUGAUCAUGUGAGAGCAUGGAGAGACUGAAUGAAUAGCAGCAGGUUCAUGUGCGACACGUUGGGGCGAAUGAAAGGUCAGUGUCACCGGCCGGCCGUUACCGGGUCACCGGGUUACCAGAGGCGUACCGGCAGAUGUGAAACAGCUGGGGGGGAGUUAAAGCAAGCCCACCCGGCAGUACCAGUUCUGAUCACACUGACUACGUUUACAUGCAGUCAAAAUUCGGGUUAUUACUAAUAUUCCUGUUACUGAAACAUUCGGAAUAAUCUGUUUCCAUGCGUGAGGAAACAGGGUUAUCCCUGUAUACAUGGUAAUUAAUCAUUUGGGAUAUCCCGAUCAAACCAGCGACGCGCGGAGAACGUCAUGAUGCAAUUCCCGUUAUUUCCGCUUCUUCUUCCUGUAUCCAAAUUCAAAACAAAUGCUGCUUUGCGCAACUUUUCGCUCACCUUCUUGUAAAUCUCCCUAUCCCGGUACUUUCUAGCGUCUACAAAUGCCAAAAUGUUCAUAUCCUUCAUUACAUUUAUGAAGUGAUUAGUCUCCUCCUUUCUCCAAAAGUGAUCUAGUCUUGUGUUUCUCCGUGUUUAGAAGUACAUCCUGGACUCAAAAGACCAGGAUUCCUUGCGAAAAGAGCAUGUGCAGAAAACAGAUUCCUGUUCCGUUUCAUGGGGAUAUUCCAUUUGGCUUUUACAUGACUGAAUAUUCGGGUUAGAAAAGGAGUAACCCAGGGCUCAUAUUCGGGUUUUCAAAAACCGGAAUAUGAGCAAAUUUGGGUUAUUCAAAGGGGUUAUUGGUGUUUACAUGGCUGUUCAAAACCGGGUUAUUGCUAAUAUUCGGGUUUUAAAAGGGUUUUUGACUGCAUGUAAACACAGUCACUGUCUCAGAACAGUGUGAUCUCUGACUCGUGUCAGAGAUCUCAGAUCCUCUGACAUGAGUCCAACAUACUGGGGAAGCUGCAGAUCAGCUGGGAGCUUUUUACCCUUCUUUCCCUGCAUGUGUGUGUUGAGGGUACUGCUGCUGCACAAAGUGAAUUUCCCCCAUUGAGAGAGAAAUAAAGGAUAAUCUUAUCUUAUCUUAGCUCUGACCGGGAGUUACCGGUUUCCAUGGUGACCCAAAGUCCAACAGAAACCACAAAUGUUUAACUUUGGGCUUCUCUGGAAACCCUGCUCUGGUUUUGUGACGGGAAGUGGAGCUGGUUUCUAUCAGUGGGGCAGUCCUCGUCCCUGCAGAGGUUUGUGACGUGCUGCCCCCCGGUGGUCAGAGCUGGUGCUGCGUCCUCCACCUGCUUCAACCCUUUCAAGGCACCUUGUUGGUGAUGUUGGGUUCUUGUGUUUUGGACUUUUAAGAAUCAAAACCGUUGUUUCUGUGCACCGAAGUUUAUGCCCUGAGGUCUGCUCCCCAGUUCCUGGUACCUCGUGCAGGUCUCACAGUCCCCAGCAGGCCCCUUUAUGGUUCUUGACCAGAAACCCAAUCUCAGAGGUGGUACCGCGUUCAGACUGGGACCAGAAUCAACGCAGAACUGCUGACCCUCCAGGAUGGUCUUCUCUGAUUAAAAACCAGCAGAUCUGGUCCAGAAGAGUCCUGGUUGUUUUGGGAGGAGGUUUUAUGAGCAGUGACCCGACCCGAACCUUGGUGGACCGGUCGGACCUGGACCUCAUCUCAUAUCCUCUCAGCCAAGAAUGCUUCAUGUAAUUUACACUUUUUUGUAUCAAAAGCAUUUUUAUAUAAUAAAGGUUUUAUUUUAAGGAU